CAUCGACCCCCUUCCAUCCCCUCUAAUAUGCAAUGGUUUUUUGUGCAGAAGCAGACAGCCGCCGCGUACAGCCGACUCCACGCUAGCGCCGCCGCAUGCCUGACCGUCGCCGCCGCUCCGCUCCCCACGCCGCGCGGCAGACGACGCCAUCUGAACAGGAGCGCUCGGGGGCUUUUGGCGCCGCGGCGGCCGGGCGGCAGCAGUUACCCCUCCUCCCCCGCUGAGGACCACCGGCCGCUGGGGCAAGAGGAGACGGGGAGCGAGGAGAACACAGCCGCAGCGGUCGCUCUUUUCCAGCCGCUCGAAGGCGACGCGGAAUACCUUGUGGUCUCCGAGCUUGAGGGGAAAGCGGGCGAUAAUCCGGGUGAGGAACUGGGCUUCCUGCUGUUACUUUUGUCUAUGGUGCAGAUCGGAGGGGAGCCGCACCGCCGAACUGAGCCCGACAGCUGGCCGGUUCUGCUGGCAUGCAAACAGGGGGGUGUAUCAGCCCCCAUGCGGUGGGUGAAUCUUAGGCAUCCACAGAGCCUCUCCUUCUACAGCCCCUUUUCCUCUUCUUCUUCCUCUUCUUCUUCCUCCUCCUCUUCCUCCUCCCCCGUCUCGGCCAAAUCCAUGCGGUUUAUUUGGAACAACAUUUUCAGCAAAGGAUCGCAUAUGCUGCAGUGUCUUUGUGGCAAGAGCCUCAAGAAAACCAAGAACCCAAUUGAACCACAGCUGAAGGGCAUAGUGACCAGGUUGUUCUGCAGACAGGGCUUCUAUCUUCAGAUGGGCCAGGAUGGAAGUCUGGACGGGACCAAAGAUGACAGCUCCAAUUCCUCUUUGUUUAACCUUAUCCCCGUGGGUCUGAGAGUCGUGGCCAUCCAAUCAGUCAAGACCGGUCUCUACAUUGCCAUGAACGGAGAGGGUCACCUUUACUCGUCGGAACUGUUUACGCCUGAAUGCAAGUUUAAAGAGUCGGUGUUUGAGAACUACUACGUGAUCUACAGCUCCAUGCUGUACAGGCAAAAGGAGUCGGGCCGGGCGUGGUUUCUGGGUCUCAAUAAAGAGGGACAGAUCAUGAAAGGCAACAGGGUGAAGAAGACUAAACCAGCUGCCCACUUCCUGCCUAAACCCAUAGAAGUUGCAAUGUACCGAGAGCCGUCAUUGCACGAUGUAGGAGAGGCGGUGCCUAAGCUCACAGGGGGCCCGCCUUCCAAAAGCACAACCUGUGAGCCCGUGGUCAUGAAUGGCGGCAAACCAGUCAGCAAACCCAGUAAGGAGGAGACAUAACCCCAACUCGCCUCUUUAGCCUCCCCGCCUGGCUGACUGGACGCCAGGAAGAACCACAGACUUGCCCUGCUGCUGCGCUCUCAAAAAUAACAAAACCGCUAGAAAAAGGUAACGGCUGAAAACUCUGACUGGACAGCAUUGGGGGCUGAACGUCCUCCUCACCGUCCUCCCAGAGGGACAGCACUCUAGUUGGUGGCGGGGGAAGAAGAGUGGAAAGUUGGACUGCUGAGCUGGGUGAACUGGGACAGCGAGAUAAAGAACAUCUGAAUAAUCUAAACGGAAAAAAACACAACAAAUCCACGCUCACGUUUGUAUUUUUUUUUUUUUUCACGAGGCUCCUAUCUUCCCCUAAUAGCUUUCUGUUGCUCGCUCGCUCAGACACACAAUCACUGUACUCUACUCCACAUCGACCGCUUGGAUUUCAAUCUCUAAGUACAUUAAAAGCAUCAGCAAACACUAGAGAAAGAACGUUUUAAAUACCAAACAGGGACGAUUCAGGGGAAGCUUAGUCAUCGAUCAAUUAGGAUUUGGAAAUUACAUCCAAUAGCAUUAGGAAAAAGCACAUUUCAUCUAAGAUGAACCCACCAUCCGACUCUCAUCAAGAAGCUAGCAGGAACAUUUAUAAUGAAUUUCCAAUUUGUAGCAACAGGGAGUGUAACUAAAGUUUGCAGGUGUUGCAGCACCAUGGUAGCAGUCUGUGUUUACAUAGGGUAGCAGAUUUAGCUUAAUCAAAUGGUGUUCUCCUUCAUGAGGACUUGUAGGUUUUUUCCCUUUUCUUGAUGCCUUCCCAAGUACUUGAAAACAAAAGAAGAAAACAGGGUAUUAGAGCCUGUGUAACUGGGACCAUUUUAAUCAAGGUGUAGUCCAGGAUUUCUAAGUAUAACUAUGUGAAAGUGAAGCGAAUUUAAAGGUCCUGCGUGUUUUCAGCUAAUACGCAAGAAGUAGCAUUUAUAAGACAUUAUCCGACUGUUACCAUUGACUCAGUUUUCAGUGCGAAAGAAAACAAAAAAACAAUUGUAGUUUCUCAUCUUUUAGCACAUUCCUGCAGAUUUCUCUUUAUGUCGCCCCUUUGCCAUUUUCUACCUCGCUUUCAGAUUUUUUGGUAAAAAUAUAUUAAUUUUGACACUCAAUGUUUCAAAACACCUUUAAUAUAUCCACCAAUUCCCUUCAAAAACUUCAUAUUUAGUGCAUUUAUUUACAGUACAAGCUCAUAAUUGGAAUUUAAAAAUUUAGAAAAUAUCCUUUAGUUUUAUCCCUAUAUUCAUCCAAAAAUGGUGGUUCUUCAUUCAAAUAGUUUCUCAAAUUUGAACUUAUUUUUCUUCAAAAACAGAUUAUUAUUUAAAUAAUUAAUUCAAUGGUUCAUUUUUUAGUUAUGCAUCCAUCUUUUCAAUGAAUCAUUGUGGCUUUUUUAUUUAUCAGAGGUUC